AUAUAUUUUUUAAUUAAAAAUAUAUAAAAUUACUUUACUACCCUCAUCCUCACACUCACCCUCCCAAUCCCUCUUCUUCCCCUUCUUUUUUUCUCUUUCCUUCUUUUGGGUUCGAUGGAAACCCAGCCUUGCUGGGUUCGUCGACCAGCCAAGGCUGGGUUCGGUUGAAACCCAGCCUUGCUGGGUUCGCGACUAGCCAAGGCUGGGUUCGCCUUGGUUGGGUUCGCCGGAACCCAGCCAAGGCUAGGGUAUUUUGAUUUGGUAAGAUCUGCCAGGUUUGAGGUUUCAAUGAAACCAGUAGCUCAAGUUUCCCUGAGAAACGAGAAGAAGAGGAAAUGGAUGGAGUGGAUAUGAGAGAGCAUUCAGAGAAUAAAAAGAAAUGGGUUAAGAUCGAUUUUGCAGAUGGUGAAGAUGAAAGACCAGUUUGCAGGUUCAAUAUCGAACCCAAUAGAGCUAGGAUCCACCGAACCCAACUACUUGGUUCGAUGGAACACGGAUAUGCUCUGGGGUUCGUUGGAACCCAAUGGCUAGUUUCCACUAAACCCAGCAAAUCUAAGUUCAAUGGAACCGAGCAACUGUGUUCCAUCGAACCCAACUCUACUGAUAUGAAGACUUUGUGGAGGAAGACUGGCAAUGAACAAGCAACUAGAUCUUGGUUUGUUCGAACCUUAGAUUGUUGGGUUUCAAGAGAGCUAAAUCUUGUUCAGGGACUUAAAAGAGAAAAAGAUUUGGAUAAGGAUCGGCUGGCAUUUUUUUUCUUCUUUCUUCUUCCUCACCCACGCACCUGCUUUUCUUUUCCCUUCCCUGCACCGAACAAAAAGAACCCAGCCAAGCCGACAGCCCCACUUGGAAAAUUGGAAAUCCCGGAUCUGCUCUGCUCCUUCCUCCCCUGUCCGCGAGCUGUAGCUUGUGGGUGUGAUUUGUGGGCAUUUUUCCGAUUUCCUGAAUUUCCCCCUACACUUGCCGCCGGCCUUCCCCCAAACUGCAGUCCGAUUUUUGCUGGGAAAAUUCUGGUUCUUGAGUGUUCUAUCACUCGAGUACUUAGCUUGAGUUUCGGAUUGAGAACUGCAGAUCAGUGCUCAAUCGCUGUCCCUCCAGUUACAGGAGGUGUGCAGAACUGCAGAUCUGGUAAUCUGACAAGCUAUGGCCGAUGGAGACUAAGAGGAGAGUCGAAAGGAGAGUUGCAAGCUAUGGCCGAGGCUGAUGGUGCGCAAAGUGUAGAGGAGAGUCGAGAGGAGAGUUGGGAGGAGUCGGAAGACCAGAUGUGGCGGGAUGAGACCAGAUGGUGGUAUUAUACACUAGUAAAUCGUGUGCCUGCCAAUGGGAGGUUUAUAACACUGGCAAUGACCUAUAGAAGAGACGUCUAUUUCGUUUCCGUACUCAUACCUAUUUUUUGUGAUUAUACUAGUUGGCAUGCUGAAGCGAAGUCAAGGACGGGGAAAAACGAGGGGAGUGACGAGUUAGAAGGCUAGCCAUCUUGUAAAUUUGAUAUAGAUUUUGGGUAUAAAUCGUGAUGUUGUAAGCUAGAUUUUAAUUGGAGAUUUUAUAAAUUCAUUGAAUGGAUUGUUAGUUUACAAGAGAUUUGACCUUGAAAUUUUGAGUUUAAGUCAUGUUGGACAUAGAAUUAUUUUGAGAUAUCUGAUUUAAGUUAUUGGAUUGUCAGAUGUGAAUUGGAUAAGUUCUGAGCCUUGUGUAUUUGUGGGAUCCUUUCACGAGUGCACGGCGUCUGUCACGCCUCGAAUUUGGGUUUUGGGGCGUGACAAUAGGUUUGGUUGCUGAGAAAAUUAUCAUGGUUGUUAAGAAAAUUUGUUGAGAAAA